GGAUUGUCUUAUAAUCCAUAUCCCCUAUACUCUCCUUGGAAUUUCAUGUUUCCUCUAUUCACUUGAUUUCCUUUUUAGUUCUUCUCUUUUAUUUCCUCUUAGAUUAAGACUACUGAGGCAGCUAUUUCACUUCGCUUCGGGCCACUUGAGCCAUAGUCCCCGUUACAAUGUCAACCCGGAACCUAGACGGAGAAACCUUGUCUUUUGAAUCCACCGCAGCCCCUUCUCGCACCGAAAGCGUAAGGUAUCCUACUGCCCAGAGUCACACCGACAUCGAUUUCAGCCAACUCGAGAAGACUCUCACAAAACAAGAGAGAGAAGAGAAGGCCCAAGAUGAAGAGCUCCACGAGCUGGCAAGAAGGUUCACCAGGCAGUCCCGUGCAUCUGUGUACGACAAGAACCCUUUCGAGUCCGACGAGGAUUCGAUCCUGAAUCCAAAUUCGCCAAACUUCCAACCAAGAGCAUUCACAAAGUCAGUGCUUAAUCUCCAAGCACGCGAUCCGGAAAAAUGGAAGCAACGGACGGCCGGAUUCGCCUUCAAAGACCUGAACGUAUAUGGUUUUGGUUCAGGGACUGAUUACCAGAAGACUGUGGGAAACGUCUUGCUCCAGGCCUUUGGCAUGGCUAAGAAACUUUUCGGUCAAGGGAAGCCCGGAAAGAUCGACAUCCUCCGGAAUAUGGAUGGUGUUGUGAAUCAUGGUGAAAUGUUGGUUGUACUCGGUCCUCCCGGAAGUGGAUGUUCAACCUUUCUCAAAACCAUUGCGGGAGAAACCCAUGGUUUCUACAUCGACGACAAAUCGCAAAUCAACUAUCAAGGAAUCGAACCGAAGCAAAUGCACAACGAUUUUCGAGGCGAAGCCAUCUAUACUGCAGAGGUCGACGUGCACUUUCCUAUGCUUACCGUUGGCCAAACCCUCGAAUUUGCGGCUCAAGCAAGAUCCCCUCGACAUAUACCUGGCGGCUUAGCGCGAAAUCAAUACGCUGCAUACCUUCGCGAUGUCAUGAUGGCCGUCUUCGGUAUCAGCCACACUGUCAACACUCGAGUUGGGAACGACUUUAUCCGUGGCGUGAGUGGUGGUGAGCGGAAGCGUGUCACCAUUGCCGAAGCAGCCCUUAGUGGCGCGCCGCUUCAAUGUUGGGAUAAUAGUACUCGGGGACUGGACAGUGCGAACGCCAUUGAAUUCUGCAAAACUCUUCGGCUUUCGACCGAUCUUGCCGGAUCCACUGCGGUGGUUGCUAUCUAUCAAGCGCCUCAAAGUGCUUACGAUAUCUUCGAUAAAGUAGUUGUGCUCUAUGAGGGCCGUCAAAUCUACUUUGGCAAGACCACUGAGGCGAGGGAAUACUUCGUCAAUCUUGGCUUUGAUUGCCCAGAUCGGCAAACGACUGCGGAUUUCCUGACGUCUAUGACAAGUCCCCAAGAGCGUAUUGUACGACGGGGAUUUGAGAACAGAGUUCCGCGCACUCCUGACGAUUUUGCUCAAGCUUGGCGGAACAGCCCCGAGCGAGUUGCGUUACUCAAGGACGUUGGCAGCUACAAUCAGAAGUAUGCUCCCGGUGGCCAACAUCUAGAAGAAUUCAAAGAUUCUCGAAGGGUUCAGCAAUCAAAGAAUCAGCGAGUUACCAGUCCUUUCACAUUGUCAUAUGGUGGACAGAUUGCACUUUGUGUUCGGCGUGGUUUCUGGAGGCUGAAGGGCGAUCCAAGCCUAACUCUCACUCAACUUUUUGGUAACUCCAUAAUGGGUCUUAUUAUCAGCAGUAUCUUCUACAACAUUUCGUCCACUAGCGAUAGCUUCUUCACGAGAAGCGCGCUUUUAUUCUUCGCCAUAUUAAUGAGUGCUUUUAGUAGUGCUUUAGAGAUUCUGACACUUUACGCUCAACGUCCCAUUGUUGAAAAGCACUCUCGAUACGCUCUCUACCACCCGUCCUGUGAGGCUAUUGCUUCUAUGCUUACAGACAUGCCCUACAAAAUAUGCAACACCAUCAUCUUCAAUCUCAUCAUCUACUUCAUGACAAAUUUAAACCGAGAGCCUGGAAACUUCUUCUUCUUCCUGUUGAUAUCAUUUAUGCUGACAAUGGUAAUGUCCAUGUUGUUCCGAACAAUUGCUUCGGUCUCUCGAACUCUAUCUCAGGCCAUGGCUCCAGCAGCUCUCUUGAUCUUGGCUAUCGUUAUUUAUACUGGAUUUGCUCUCCCAGUUCCGAAUAUGCGGGGCUGGGCCAGAUGGAUUAACUAUCUCGAUCCUGUUGCCUAUGGCUUCGAAAGUCUCAUGAUUAAUGAGUUUGCUGGACGCAAAUUCGAAUGCCCUCCCUCCAUGUUCGUGCCAAGUGGACCUUCAUAUAUGAAUUUGGAAUCGACUCAAAAAAUCUGUGCGUCUGUUGGCGCCGUGCCUGGCGCCAGUUCGGUUGAUGGGACAGCUUACAUCAUGUCUGCCUUUCAGUACGAUCCAUCUCAUAAAUGGAGAAACUUUGGCAUCUUAGUCGCGUUCAUGGUUGGACUCUGCGCUACCUACAUAGCUGCAACCGAAUACAUCUCGGCGAAGAAAUCAAAGGGUGAAGUCCUUCUCUUCCGACGAGGACAUGCCCCUUCAGCUCUACUUAAGAACACUACUGGUGAUGAGGAAGCUGCAAGUGGCGAAGCUGCUACGAUAGACAGAACAGCUACUCAUAUAUCAACAAUGAUUGAGAAACAAACGGCCAUUUUCCAUUGGGAGGAUGUUUGUUACGAUAUCAAGAUUAAAGGCGAACCUCGCCGGAUUCUAGAUCACGUUGACGGUUGGGUAAAACCUGGUACAUUAACAGCGCUCAUGGGUGUCUCUGGUGCUGGUAAAACCACCUUACUUGACGUUCUGGCUACCCGCACAACUAUGGGCGUUAUUACUGGAGGCAUGUUUGUCGACGGUAGCGAACGUGAUGCCUCUUUCCAACGUAAAACUGGCUAUGUCCAACAGCAAGAUCUUCACCUGUCCACGUCGACUGUUCGCGAGGCCUUGAACUUCAGUGCCCUCCUCCGCCAACCUGCGAAGGUUCCUCGCCAAGAGAAACUCGAUUAUGUAAACGAUGUGAUCAAGUUGCUAGAUAUGGAAGAGUAUGCCGAUGCUAUUGUCGGUGUGCCUGGUGAAGGCCUCAACGUUGAACAGCGCAAACGCUUGACAAUCGGCGUCGAACUCGCUGCGAAGCCGGAAUUGCUUCUUUUCCUUGACGAGCCCACUUCAGGCUUAGACAGUCAAACCUCGUGGGCGAUUUGUGACUUGAUGGAAAAAUUAACCAAGAAUGGCCAAGCAGUUUUGUGCACAAUCCAUCAACCCUCCGCGAUGCUUUUCCAAAGAUUUGACAGAUUGCUCUUUCUUGCCAAAGGAGGAAGGACCGUUUAUUUUGGCGAAGUCGGACAAAACGCAUCGAUUCUUAGCAACUACUUCGAGCGAAACGGAGCGUUUGCAUGCCCGGAGGAUGCAAACCCGGCCGAAUGGAUGUUAGAGGUUAUCGGUGCGGCACCAGGCUCCACUACUGAAGUCGAUUGGGCUUCAACUUGGAGGGAUAGCCCUGAGUACCAAGACGUGCAUCGCGAGCUUCAACGCCUCAAGGACGAAAGGCCCCCAAUUUCGCAGCCUUCAUCGGCGCCGGUUGGGGAGGGCAGCUAUCGUGAAUUUGCAGCUCCAUUUACUUUCCAGCUAAUAGAGGUCACCAAGCGUGUCUUCGAGCAAUAUUGGCGUACGCCUUCUUACAUAUACUCCAAGACAGCACUAUGCGUCUCGUCGGCGCUCUUCAUCGGCUUCUCCUUCUUCAAAGCAGGGACUAAUAGACAAGAGCUGCAGAACCAAAUGUUUUCCAUCUUCAUGCUCUUCACGAUAUUUGGCCAGCUAGUUCAGCAGAUCAUGCCGCAUUUCGUCACUCAGCGCUCCCUCUACGAAGCUCGCGAGCGCCCGUCGAAAACCUAUUCCUGGCAGACAUUCAUGCUCUCGAACAUCAUAGUCGAGCUGCCCUGGAACAGUCUAAUGGCCGUCCUCAUAUUCUUCUGCUGGUACUAUCCCAUUGGGCUCUACCGCAACGCCGAGCCUACGGGCACGGUGCAUGAGCGCGGCGGACUCAUGUUCUUGCUGAUUUGGGAGUUCCUCCUCUUCACAUCGACCUUCACCAACAUGGUGAUCGCAGCCAUCGAAACUGCCGAGACCGGAGGCAACAUCGCUAACCUCAUGUUCAUGAUGACGCUUAUCUUCUGCGGUGUCCUCGCGUCCCCCGACGUCUUCCCCCGCUUUUGGAUCUUCAUGUAUCGCCUCUCGCCAUUCACAUACCUCGUCGACGCCAUGUUAUCCGUCGGAGUCGCCAACACCAAAGUGGUCUGUGCCGCAAACGAACUGCUCCACUUUGACCCGUCCGCAAACCAAACCUGCCUUGAAUACAUGAGCGAUUUCAUGUCCGUCGCUGGCGGGCAAGUGCUCAACCCUUCGGCCACCGCGGAUUGCAGCUACUGCGCCCUGGAUUCGACAAACCAGUUUUUGGAGUCUAUUUCUUCGUCGUACGACCAUAGAUGGCGCAACUUCGGGCUUCUUUGGGUGUAUAUUAUUUUCAAUGCUGUUAUGGCUUUGGUUUUGUAUUGGGCGGUUAGAGUGCCCAAGGGUGCGAAAAGGGCGACGAAGGAAGUAAAACAAGAGAAGAAGUGAGAGGGGACGAUAGAGAGAGAGGGAUAAAGGAGGGAAUGAAAACUAGACUGACAUAGUAUAGAAAGAGAAGAUAGAACAAGGGCAAUAGGAGCAUCAUUAGACUUAACUAUUACGCUAGCUAGCACAGCACCAU